AUGUUCUGGUUGUUCGAACCACACCACGCCCUCUUUGACGACCGUUUGUUGAUCUGGAACAACGGAGGCCCGGGCUGCAGCAGUCUCGGGGGGUGUCUCUUUGAACACUGCCCGGUCGUGCUGGGGGAAUUCCCCGCCGGCUACGAACGCAUCGAUCCCCACACACCCUUGCAAUCCAACACCAAGUGGGCCUGGACCAACGCCAGUCCCAUGCUCUACGUCGAACAACCACACGGUACGGGAUUUUCGACCGGGACCUUUCCGCACAACGAAACAGAAAUGGCGAGAGAUUUUUACGGCUUUUUACGAAACUUCUACGACGUCUUUGACAACUACGCAAGCCAACAACUAUUUUUGGCGGGAGAGUCCUACGCCGGCAUGUACAUUCCAUCCUUGGCACACUACAUUCAGCAAGAAAACGCCAAGAAGCAGAAUUCGCACAUAAACUUGGCAGGCAUUGCCCUCGGCAACGGUUGGAUUGACGCCGACACGCAAGGACCGUCCGUUAUUGAUUACGCCUGGUGGCACGGAAUGAUCGAUUCGAGUACUAAACGGGGACUGCACCAGAUUUGGGAACAAUGCCAGGCUGGUGCCGUGGACUUACCCCCGCCCUUUCAUCCGUUUACCACACCCGACGAGUGCAACAUUAUGGGUGCCGUCUUGGAAGCGGCCGGUGCCGGAGCCGAUGCGCUGAAUGUGGUACCGCACCGACACUGGAUUGAAUGCAUGCCCGGUGCCGGCCGUCGACUCGAUGCGCGAGACGACCACCAAAGCGAAUUGCCCGGAAAGCUUUUGUUGGCUCACGAUGAGCCCCGCUCGGUUGCACCGUACAUUGCCGCACUCCUCGAUGCGGGCAUCCGGGUUCUUAUCUACAACGGAGAUCGCGAUAUGACCACCAACGUACAAGGGUCCGAACAAGUACUGGACGCAAUGAAAUGGAAAGGUUCCGGAGGAUGGAACAAUGGGAGUUUCACGAGAGGUCUCUGGUUGGCUAGCGAAACCAAAGUUGGAGGGUACAGCAAGACGUAUAAGGACCUGGAGUUUGUAGUGGUACUGAACAGCGGACACUUGGUUCCCAUGAAUGUGCCGGAAGCCGCGUUGGAUUUAGUAACGCGUUUUCUGAACGGAACAAGCUUUGUUGACCGCCCA